GUUUGGCUGGUUAGAUGUUGUUGUAUGACCAUUACCAUUGUCGUUGUUGUUGUUGUUGUGCGUGCGGCACUCCGGAGUCAGUAUUCUGCCAGCCUCACGUGUGGCGGUGUCUCGCUCUUACAACAUCCUUCAACAUCAAACAACAACCUUCAUCAAAACCCAUCCUCUCCCUUCCAUCCGCGCUCCAUCCAACCAUCGCUUCUCGCCGUCUUGGCCGCUUCUUUCAUCAUCCCUGGUCCCAUCUCAUCCAUCCAGCCAUCCGUCUUCUCCGCCCCCGCCAAUUCCCGCCGUCCCAGCCCUCCCCAUCCACGUCCACGCGUCUUGCGCCGCGCUCGCCCACUUAGCGUCGUCGUCUUGCUUUACCCUGUCUGUCAUCUCUGUCCCGACCGAUUAGGCUGUAUGCGAAUGCGAACUCCGCGUGUAAUCACCAUUUGUCUCGAUAGCCACGCUUCCUCUCGUCGCAGCAAGAAGCAGUUCCUCCAGCUUCUCCUCAUCUCCAUUCUCCACCCACCUCGCUAGUCCAUUGUUUUUAUUUUUUAAUUUUUUUUUUUUUCUCCCGCUUUUCGCGAAACGCGCCAUCGGCUACCAUCGCCGUCGGACGGCUUUCCAUCUUGAAAAACUUCUCUUCCCCCGCCGUCCUUCCUCUUUCCUCUACUUCCCGCGCCAUGUAUGGCUCUUCCAACUCUGCCUCUGCCACGGCGAAUAAUGACAUCGGAGACGAUCUCGCCGACGGCUUGGGAACCAUCAAUCCCGCCGCGUUGAAUAACGAUGUUAACCAUAGUAACAACGUUGCUUCCGUGCUCCCGUCACCAUCGCUAACGGCAACAACAAAUAAUACAAAUCCACGCGGUGUUAAGCGUAGUCGGUCCCCAGAGCAUCCUGACGAUGCGCAAACGGAUGGUCACGAUGGCGUGUCGGACGACCAUGGUCGUCGGAAACGCGGGCGCCCUCCCAAGAUCCAUCGACCCACCGCCUCUGAAUCGUCGACAUCCGGUGUGGUGCCUGCUAACAUCCAGACCCCGCGGAUGCAGUCGCAAUCAUUCCCCCCGCAGAGCAUCGUAUCGCCGCCGCUGACAUCGCCUCCGGAGAAGACAACACCGACGAAGACAUUGAUUAAGGCCCUUCCGACCGUCAGGGAUCACACCACCGACCAACUCAACGAAGGCGGUGACGAGUACAUCCCGAAGGAGUUCGAUGAGGCUGGAGAGAAGAAGGUCGACGCGAUGGGCUAUCUGCAAGGUGGCCGCGAGUACAAAUGCCGGACUUUCCGGGUGCCCCUUCGCGGAGAUAAGCUCUUCAUGCUGGCUACCGAGUGCGCUCGCGUACUCGGAUACCGCGACUCAUAUCUCCUUUUCAACAAGAAUAGGUCGCUUCAUAAGAUCAUCGCGUCGCAAAUCGAGAAGGAUGAUCUGAUCCAGCAAGAUAUCCUUCCGUACUCGUACCGAUCGCGCCAGAUCGCUAUUGUCACCGCCAGGUCGAUGUUUCGCCAGUUCGGCAGCAGGGUUAUCGUCAACGGACGGCGCGUGCGUGAUGACUAUUGGGAAAGCAAGGCGCGCAAGCAAGGCUUCACCGAGGAAGACCUGGCAGGCGAGAAACGACCAGGUGCUGCCAAGGCCAGAGAUGCGGCCGCUGCCGCGGAAGCCGCGAACGCCAGUCUGUUGCCGACUUUCGCCCAUGGCGAUGUCAUCUACAGCAACGAUUCCCUGGAGGCUAUGCCCAAUCUGCCCUUGGGAGCCGCGUCGUCCAUGUCUCUGUCUUCGCUGGCCUUGAAUAACCUUGCGACGACAACAGAUGAUCCGCGUCUGAAAGAGUAUACGAGUCUACCGCGCUCACGGCACGAGAUGACCGGCCAGCCGUAUCAGGAUAGGUCACAGCCCAGCAGUGCCGCAGAGAUCAUGAAUCAGGCAUCGCACACUGCCGAUUUUAACAAGAUCCUGAGCUCGCAGCGCAGCCUCCGUCAAAAGGGAUUGGAAGAUUUCUACAUGAGACAACGGGAGGCUUCCGCCUCCGCUGCUUCGUCGGAGGAACAGCAACGCCAACUGCAGUCACAACAGUCACAGCCGCCGCCAACGGCUAUCGCACAGCAGCGCCAGUCGCAACACUUUGACUCAAGCGUGUCGACGGCCCAACCGCUGCAGUCUCAGGUUGUGUCUGCGGGAAUGGUCAAUUCGGAGAAUAUGAUUCCGCAACAGCCGUCGAUGAUGACCAGCCAGGGCGGCUUCUCUCAACCAGGGCUUCCGCAAACAGCAUCGCCCAUUCGAGGAAUGCCUGUUGGGAUGCGGCCCGACCUGAUGCAGCGGUCAGCCCUAUCGACGGGAACCCCUCAAACGCCUCCCUACGGGUAUCCGCCCCAGCCGCAGCAGCUAUGGGGCCAACCGCCACCGCAACCGCAACCGUCUGCGCCCCAUGCUGUCGGGAUGUCGCCGUAUGCAGCACAGGUUCAUGCACCACCGCAACAAGGCCCCUCUCUUGUCCACCAGAGCCAGCAGCCUCCUCAUCCCUCUCAAUCUCCGCGCAAUCAACCCCGGACUGCGAUCCCCCCCCACCUGCAACAGUCUUUCCCGUUACCCCAUCAAGUGAGUCAGCAACAGCAAAUGGCGUCAAUGGGAUUUCCCGCCACUGCGACCGCAUACCCUGCAAUGGUUGCAAACCGGGCCAUGUACCCCUCGGCGCAAGCAUCUGGAGGCCAACCAUUCAUAGCUGGAAAUACCCCGCAGUCGGCACUUGCGGGAAUCGCGGGUAUGAAUGCCGGCGGUAUUUCAGGCUGGCCGUCCAAUCCCGGAGCGCCAAUGCAACCUGGAAAUCCCGCGCAAGGACAGUCUGGAAGUCCCUUGGGGGGAUGGUCUGGUUACUAGUCAGAACAUGGAUUUCGGCGUUUCGAGUGCUCUUGGAUUUGCCGGCAUUUUUUGGUGUUGGGUGUCUAGAAUCGACACUGGUUUCUCUAUCUGGACUUGGCAUCAUGUUUGCUCUCUUCUAUCUCUACACUUAGUGCUUGUUUUCUGUCACCAUGAUUUAUUCUCUUCUUGUGUUAUUCUUUUUUUUAGCCGGGGAUGAUAAUGAUCCUUCUGGGCAAAUAUUUUUUUGACUAUACCCUGUUAUACCCUGCUUGUUCAUGCUGCUCCGUUCAAUUCUCUGCGCUGAAUGCGAACAAGGUUGUAUACUUUUCGAUAGAUGGGAAUGGGAUGAUGUUGAAUGCUGAACGUUGAUGUUUGCUGUUUAUGGCCGUUGGCCUGGAUGUCGUCACUUUAUAUACCCAGUACUUUUUGGUAUUCUUACUUGCAUUAAUGAUCAAUAGCCAUGGUUAUGUAU